GCCCCUCUCACACAUCACUCACAAAUGCCUGCUGGAUAAAACAGAGUAGCUCAAGUAAAGAAGAGCAUCCAUACACCUUAUCUCAAUCCAUUUUACAGGAAUGCGGGCCGGGCUUGUUAUUUACCUCUUUCUGCCCAUUGUGCAGUCAUGCACUAAAGGUAAACCGAAUGAAUGUGCAGAAGCAAACUUCGCCCCCGGGUCCAACCUGGCCGGAGAAGGAUACGAUGUGACCAAGAUGCAGCGCAAGGGAGCCUUUGUCAUUAACACGGACGUCUGGAGGCGAAAGGAUAAAUCAUGCACUCUUUGCAAGAACCCCUACAUGGAAGGAACAAAUCAAAAGCUUCCUAUAUCUGUGGUAGACUGGAGAUCCAGCAAAAAGUGCAGCAUUCAAAUAUCAAGUUCCCUGUACCAGUCCAGUGAGGAACUGGUCAGCUCCAGCACUUCCUCCAUUGAGAACAACUGGGGUGCAAGUUUGGAUAUAGAUAUUCACCAAAAUAAAGGCUCAUUCGUUUUGGCUGGAACUAACUCAAAGCUUGCAGAGUACUCAAUGGAGAAGACCAAAAGAGACAAGUACAAUUUUGCCAGUCAAAGUAUUUCGUGUUCAUUUUACAGCUACAGGGUCUCCAACAAGCCUGUUCUCCAUCCUGAGUUCAAGCGCUCUGUGAAGGAGCUUCCUAAGACAUACAAUCUUAAUUUCAAAAAGCGUUUUUACAAGUUCAUUAACACCUAUGGAACCCAUUACAUCACUAAGGUAACUCUUGGUGGAAGCGUACACUCUGUGACCAGUAUCAGACAGUGUGAGACCGCUCUGCAGGGCUUAAGUGCAGAUGAAGUGAAGGCAUGUUUGGAUGUGGAGGCAAGUGCCAGCGUCCUUGGCAAAGUAGAUAUGAAAGCAGAAACUAAGCACUGUAAUGAAGACAAGGACAAAACAGAGAGCAAAAGCAGCUUCUCCAGCCGCUUUAAUGACAGGCUGACUGAGGUGACCGGAGGUCACACUACAGAGCCUGAGCUCUUUUUCUCAGGAGGAAAAGACCCAUCAGCUUACAAAGAAUGGCUCGAGUCCCUACCACAAAACCCAGACGUGAUUUCUUACUCUCUGGAGUCCCUGCAUGAGCUGAUCCCCACCAAAGAUCCAGUACGCAAACACUUGCGCCAAGCCAUCCAUGACUAUAUCCUGGAAAAGUCCCUUUGGAGGAACUGCACCGACUCUUGCAAAGAUGGCGUCAAAACCAACCCAAAUAACCCAUGUGUCUGCACUUGUCGCAACAAUCCUGGGAUCACACCCGAUUGCUGCCCAUCUAAGCGUGGACUUUCUCGGGUAAAGGUCACAAUCGUGAGGGCUCAAGACCUGUGGGGUGACCAGACCACAGCGACCGAUGGGUACGUUAAAGUGUUCGACAAACAUAACAUUCAGAUUGGACGAACUGAUAUGAUCACGAAUAACAACUCACCCUACUGGGGGAGAACCUUUGAUCUGGGUGAUGUUGUUGUGGCGGAGAAUGACAAGAUAAAACUGGAGGUGUGGGAUGAAGAUAGUAAAUGGGACGACGAUUUGCUGGGAACCUGUGAAGUAGCCAUAAAAGCAGGUCAGAAUGACAAUUUCUGCACUUUAAAUCACGGUCUGCUGUUCUACAAAACAGAAGUGACAUGCGCCCCAAGUUUGUCUGGCCCCUAUUGCUCAACCUAUGUUGGUUCUCCCAUGAACUUUCAACUGGAGAAGGCAUAUGUAUCUCGAAAUGCACGACCUGUGCCAGCAGAAAUACUGAUGAGCAAGGGAGUACUUCUGGACAGACUGUAUGUAUAUCAAAAGACAAAUUACAGUGCUAAAACUAUUCUGUAGCAAGUUUUGGCUUUGGAUCUGAUUAUGCGGCUAUUCGAAAUAUAACUUUAUUCUCGCUUGUAUUUAUCACUAUGAGAGAAACAUAUUUAAUAUAAUUCUUAAAUACUUAUCAACUUUGGAGACAA